UGGAGUACGAGUCACAUGACAAUGCCAUAGGAGGGAACGCAUGCGCACGCGAAGUUCUCUCUCUCGCAUUCUUCUGGAACUGAAAGGUCUCCCUCUCUCUCUCUCUCUGCAUAUAUAGAUACAUAUAUGUAGCGAUAAACAUACAGAGAUCAGAAAAAUGAAGCGUUCCGGCGACGAAUCGGCCGACAUUUCGGCGCACGACCUGGAAUACCGAUCAACAGCCGACGACGCUUGGUACUGCGUCCAAGUGGUUCUCGAAAGCGAGUCGUUCAUGGUCAAUUUUGUGGACUUCGUCGAAGCGAUGAACGAGAGAUUUAAUGCUGGGGAUUUUCAGACCCUCCAAGCCGUCGACGACUUUGUUCGCCGCUUUCGACCGGUUUCGGCUCAGGUACAGGACAGCCAGUGCUCCAAAAUUGUCGAAGGCUUGACGGUCUGUUCCUCGUUCCGAUUCAAAUGCGACGACGUUCGCUUCUACGACGCCGUCGUCGAAGCGGUGCAUUACGAGGAGCAUUCAUUUGCGAAAGCAGAAGAGGAGUGUAUGUGCACCUUUGUGCUGUGCUGGCAACAUGGUCCGAAUUUGGGUAAUCUGACAUUUGCGAGAAUUGCUAAUAUAUGCACAAUUCAAUCUGCCACACGACCUGAUUUCAAAGUGGCAUCCUUUGCAAAGAUGGCAAGGGAGAAACUUGAAAUUGCUCCUCACAAAUCUGGUGCAAUUUCUGAAGGCGAAUUUUCAUUGGGUAAUAAAUCUAAUGGUGGUAUAUGUAAAAGGGCUAGCCCGGUGCACAAGGGUUCCGUCUCUGCAGGGUCUGGGGAGGGUUUGUUUCGUCAUGGGCUGCAGGCAAGCAAAACAGAGAGUACUAGGCAGUUUGGUAGUGCAGUAAGAACAACUGAAGGGUGGUUAAGGACUGAUCAAGAUCGAGACAUCGGUGGAGAAUCUUUAAACAUGAAUGGCACUGAGGAAACUCGCAGUCACCAUUUUAUAUUAAUAGAGAAUUUGGAGAGAGAUUUGUCCCCGUUGUCAAUUAUGAAAUUCAUACAAAAACAAACUUCUAUCACACCACUAGCAUAUGUUUUUCCAAGUUUGUCAUCAGAGGCAUAUGCAAGGGGUUUAAUUGUAUUGGAUUGCGAAAAGAAGCAUAAGAACGUAUAUCAGUUUUUGGAUAAUCCUGAUCACGUCAUAAUGUCUACAAAGGGAAGGCCAUGGGUUAUCAGUGAAAAAUCAUUGAGGCAUGCAACCUUUAGAACGAAAUUUGAGAGCUUGAUAAAAUAUCAGCAUAAAAUUCAGAAUAAAGUCAUUGAUGAUGAGUUAAAGAUCGUUAAUUCAGGAACUGAAGAGUACAGGACAGCUAAGCGUCUAAAGAAUUUACACAAGGACUUUGUGGAUCAUCAAAAGCGACUUCACUGGAGGUUGGCUUCGGAGGAAAGGAAGAUCUUGCAGUUGAAAGAUUAAACAUCAGGUUUAGUGAUCAUAACACAUGAAGCUUAACAAUACAGUGGUGGGAGUUCAAUGAUAGAAAUGAAUCAAGAAGUUCAGCUCAUUGAACUUGAACAGAGAGCCUUUCAUAUAGACCUUCUUAAAUGAAGGCGCGCAGUUUUGUUUUGAAUUUGAGAUGCAGUAUAUGGUUAUCUAAAGAAAGAGAGAUGAUACCUCUGUGACUGCAUCCCACACUUGCCAUUUCUGCAUAUUUUAUUGGUCAUUUAAGGUGACUGAUGUUUCAGUUGCUAUCUUUUUGGAUAUACUGCUACUUAAUAAAAUAUAAAGAUGCAGAAUGGAAUUUACCCAAUAAAGAAGCAUCUAAUUUUGCUUGGAUACCUAACCAUAGGUUUUAUAUUAUUGUCCUUUUAUGUUAACAUCAAUAAUAUUAGUAUUAAUGCCCUUGUUUUCUUCG